ACAGCCUUGCCAAUGGACCUGGUUGGGUUUGGUUAUGCAGCUCUUGUAACAUUUGGGAGCAUUUUGGGAUAUAAAAGGAGAGGUGGUGUUCCUUCUUUGAUUGGUGGACUUUUUGUUGGAUUUUUGGCUGGCUAUGGAGCUUACCGUGUCUCCAAUGACAAACGAGAUGUAAAAGUAUCACUGUUUACAGCUUUCUUCCUGGCCACUAUAAUGGGUGUGCGAUUUAAGAGAUCCAAGAAAAUAAUGCCAGCUGGACUGGUUGCAGGCUUAAGCCUCAUGAUGAUCCUGAGACUUGUCUUACUGCUGCUCUGA